GAAGGGUCCCGGGACAGGAACCGCUUCACCUCCGCUCCGGACGAUUGCGCCGGCUCACCGAUGAACGGAACAACUGGGCCUGGACGCGUUCUCGACAGGGAAAAGUCUGACUACUGGGGAUGGACGAGCCAGCCACUGCUGUUGUGAAGAAGAAAAGCCGCCAGGCUCAGUUCCCGCCGCGACGUCACAGGCGAGACAUCCUGCUCCGAGUAUAAAGACAAGCGCAGGUCCUGCUCUGGUCGGUGCACUAAAGAGCAACCCUGAAGCGGGACAGACGACAGCGGCUGGGCCGUCUACGUCGUCGCCCACAGCGUCGCUAUGGCUUCUCGCGGGAUUCUAACGGUGCCUUUCGGUCUGUACUUCCUUGUCUUACUCUGCCGAGCAUCAGCGUUGGAACUCGGAAGCAACCGAACAGACGUGACCCAUCAAUUUGGGCAGCUACCUGAUGGCAGCGAGCCUGAUAUCAAAGCCAUGGCAACGGGCUACGGUGGUCACCAGAGCGGCUACGGUGGCCACAAGGACCACGGCGGCCACCACUCGCACGGCCAGUAUGGCGGCGGCUACAAACACCAUGGCAAUGAUUACGACAACUACCACGGACAUCAUGGCCGUCAUGGAGGCGAGCAACACGGUCACGGCUACAAUCGCUACCAUAACGACCACAAUGGAAAAUAUGGUCACGGAGGCUAUGGAGGAAAGCACUACGCUAACGACCACUACGGAGGGCAUGGCAAGCAGGGAGGCAAGUACGGCAACGACCACUACAAAGCUCGGGGACACAAAAACUACGGCCACAAGAAUGUCUAUCACAAGGAGGACUCCGCGGACCACAGCCGCUACUACGACGACUACCACGAUGGGGACCACAAGAAAAAGUACAAUCAACACCACAACUACAACGACCAUCAUGCGGGCCGCCAGCAGCACGGACACCACCACAAGCAGCACCAUGACAAGUACCGUCAUGGUGACGACUCCCACAAGCACGGCCACGGUCAUUACAAGCACCACCAUGGAUCACAUGGCGGUCAUGGCAGAGACCACUACCGAGGUGGUAGCGGCCACAAGUACGGAGGUGGCGGAUACCACCGCGGCUCUCAAGAUCACUACGGCGGCCACAAGCACCAUGGAGGCGGUGGGCACGGCGGUGGGCACGGCGGCGGCUAUGGAGGACACGGGGGAGGCGGCGGCUACGGCGGUCAUGGAGGAGGAGGAGGAUACGCAAGCAACGGUGCACCCACAUACAUCAAGGUUCCCACGUCUGAAACGGGAUUUGCGGCGUCUUUUCGAUGA